GUAAACUGCAGUUUGCUGAAGCAAACAAACGGAUUUACACCAUGGUGGAUGAGCUGAGCGUGGACCAGAAGAACCUGCAGCGCAUCCAUGCUGUGGAGCUGUCGUUCGGGGCCUCGGGGAGGCCCCUGUGUGCCCCGGGCCGGGUUCUGGUGGGCGAGGGCCGGCUGACCAAGCAGAGCCGCCGCAGGACGCAGGACAAAGCCUUCUUCCUGUUCAACGACCUGCUGGUGUACGGGAGCAUCGUCCUGCACGGACGCUGGUACACCCGGCAGCAGGUCAUCCCCCUGGAGGACGUCCAGCUGGAGGACCUGGACGACGGUCUCACCCUGAAGAACCAGUGGUUGAUCCGCACGCCGCGCAAAUCCUUCUCCGUGGCGGCGGCGUCGCGGGAGGAGAAGCGGGCGUGGAUGGAGCACAUCGCUGACUCCCGGUCCCGCCGACUGCAGAGCAGCGAGAGCAGGGCCGGCUCCAGCGAGAGCAGGGCCGGCUCCAGCUUGGCCGUGGCCUGGGUCCCGGACGGGGCCUCCUCCGUCUGCAUGCGCUGCUCCGGCCGGUUCAGCGUGACGCAGCGCCGGCACCACUGCCGGCAGUGCGGCCUGGUCGUGUGUGGGGGCUGCUCCCAGCACCGGCGGGUGAUCCCACACAUCCACCCCACCAAGCGCCUCAGGGUCUGCCGGGCCUGCCACUCAGGGGCCCUGGCCCGGGACGGGGGCCCCUGGAGGGGCCACGGCACCGGCAGGGGAGGCUCGGAGGAAGAGGAGCUGUCCGGUGAAGAGACUGUAGAGGAGCACGACCCCGGCACCUGGGGGGACCGGUGCUCCCCCUUCUCCUACCUCACACCACCACACAGGAGGUGCUGA